AUGAAGUCAAUCACUGUUGCUAUGACCAUGCUGGCUGCGGCUAGCAUGGUCUCUGCUGCGAGUGUCUCUACAACAGACUGCGCUCAAAUGUGUAUAUCCAACAUGAACGCCAAGGCUUCUGAGCUUGGGUGCACUUCUGGUGAUAUGGCUUGCUUGUGCAACAGCCAGAACUAUUCCUACGGUAUCCGUGACUGCACCACCGAGGCCUGUCCCAAUGACGAUGCCGCACAGGUUGUCUCAGAAGCUUUGAAGAGCUGCCCCAGCUCUUCAUCCACUGCCACUACCUCUGCCUCUGACUCUGACUCAACAUCCGGCGCCACCUCUACCACCACCGCUACCGGCUCUGAAUCUGCAUCAGGAACUAGCACGGAGUCCGCCAGCGGCUCCACGGGCACAACAGCAACCGAUACAACCGGUACAUCGGGCUCUCACACUGGCACCAAAACCAAGUCUGAUACCUCCGCAACUGAAACCAACACCAACACCAGCGGCACCAACGGCAGCACUGGCACUAACACUGGUACCUCCACCGGGGCCACUGGUACUGCUGGUACUACUGGCACUGGCAGUGGUGCCACCACCCUCACUACAUCUGUGUCCGGAACGGUUACCACAGAGACCCUGACCGGCUCCGGGGCUACAACCACCUCUAGUGGCUCUGGCUCUGGUUCGGGCACCUCCACCAACGGCUCAGGAUCCAACUCUGCUGCUCCCUCCACUAGCAGUGCUGGCGCUCACCCCAUGGCUACAGUCGGUACUGGUGCCGUUAGUUUCUUCGGUCUGGCCGCCAUGCUGGUC